AUGAAGACCGCCCGAGGGGCCUUCACAUGCCUGCGAUGUCGCAUCUCGCAGUCGCAGUCGCAGUCGCAAUCACGAACACAGGUGCGGCUACAGGCGCCGACACAAUUACAUAGCACACCACAAAUCCGCAGGCAAUUCCACAUCUCGUCGCGACUGCGCUCAGAACAGUCCCUCGCCGCGGGCAGGCCCACCAUCGCCCCCAAGCCGACCAUCGACAUCAAGCACAUCCGCCAGAAUCCCGCCCUCUACGAGCAGACCUGCCUCGAGCGCAACUACAAGGCCCAGGCCGCGUACCCGGCCCGCAUACUCGCCCUGCAUGAGGAGUGGCAGGCCCGCCAGCGCGACGGCCGCGCCCUGCGCGAGCGCUCCAAUCUGCUGCGCCGCCAGAUCGCCAACCCCUCGUCCGUGAGCGCCGACGAGGACCCGGCCGCUGCCAAGCCGCGCACGCGCGACGAGCUGCUCGACGAGGCGCGCCAGCUCAAGCAGCAGCUCGGCACCAUCGAGCAGGACGAGGACCGCCUGCAGGCCGAGAUCCAGGCCCUCGCCCUGUCGCUGCCCAACCUCACCAGCGACGACACCCCGCGCGGCGACCUCCCGGCCGUGCUGAGCUACAUCAACGACCACCCGGAGCCGCACCCGCAGUCCUCGGACCGCGUCUGGCGCUCCCACGUCCACAUCGGCUCCGAGCUGGGCAUCCUCGACUUCGCCGGCGCCGCCACCAGCUCCGGCUGGGGCUGGUACUACCUGCUGGGCGACGGCGCCCAGCUCGAGCAGGCCCUGGUCGCCUACGCCCUCGACACCGCCCGCCGCUACGGCUGGGCCCAGGUCAGCCCGCCCUCCGUCGUCUACAGCCACAUCGCCUCCGCCUGCGGCUUCCAGCCUCGCGACCAGCACGGCGAGACCCAGGUCUACACCCUGGGCCAGAGCCCCCGCGACAGGGAAAAGGGCCGCCCCGAGCUCAGCCUCGCCGCCACCGCCGAGAUCCCCCUCGCCGGCAUGCGCGCCGACACCGUCAUGGACGAGGCCGACCUGCCCAGCCGCCGCGCCGCCGUCAGCCGCUGCUACCGCGCCGAGGCCGGCGCCCGCGGCGCCGACACCAAGGGCCUGUACCGCGUGCACGAGUUCACAAAGGUCGAGCUGUUUGCCUGGACGCCGCCCGACGCGGACGCCGCCGACGAGGUCUUUGAGGAGAUGCUCGACAUGCAGACCGAGAUCCUCGGCUCCCUGGGCCUGCACUGCCGCGUGCUGGAGAUGCCCUCGGCCGACCUGGGCGCCAGCGCCGCCCGCAAGAACGACAUCGAGGCCUGGUUCCCCUCGCGUGCCCGCCGUGACACCACCGCUGCCGCCGUCGGUCGCGACGGCCAGGAGGGGGCGGCCGACUCGGCCGAGGAGGAGGGCUGGGGCGAGGUCACGUCCGCCAGCAUCUGCACCGACUACCAGACGCGCCGGCUGGCGACGAGGGUCCGCAUCGGCGGCGCCAACGGCAAGAUGGUGUUUCCCUGGACUGUCAACGGCACUGCGCUGGCCGUGCCGAGAGUGCUGGCUGCCAUAUUGGAGACUGGCUGGGACGAGGGCAGCAUGACGGUCACGAUCCCCGAGGUCUUGCGGCCGUGGAUGGACGGGAAGGAUACCAUCGGCCCAAAAAGCCGCACGCGUUAG